CACAAGCGUGUUUAAUUUGUUUGGGUUUUAUUUGACGUGGCAGAAGUGUACCAUAAAGGGCAGAGGAAAAGUGUGAUGUUAACCAUAGAAAUGGAAUUGUAGGUUAAGCACAACACACAGAAGGCUCUGGCUACUCAGUACAGCGGUGCCUUCGUUGACGUCAUUAAUCCGUUUCAGAAGGUCCGACUCAAACCAAAACAGACUCUAACCAAAGCAAAUUUCCCUUUAUAAAAUAAUGUAAAUCCAAUUAAGCCGUUUCAGACAUCCAAACAUUUUAUAAACAGUAAUUAUAGUUUUAAGUACAGAAAAUUAUGCAAAAAUAAUUACAAAUGACGAAUGGACAACUCAAAAUUUAACAUCGCUUUUACCAUGUUUUGUUGGAAAAGACGCCACAAAACCAUCUUUAUUCUGCUGCAACCACAAUUUUUAAAAAUGUAAAAUGAUGUUUUUCCUGCCGCGUUGAUAGACUGUUACGCGGGAACUGGAGUUGUGUAUGCAUGUAUGUGUGUGCACCACAGCAAAUGACACAGCCGCCUCUGAAACGACGACGGUCUUCUCUUUAAGCCAUAAAAUACGGAGGUCUUGCACCCUUCUCUCGGUACGGUCCAUCGGCUUUCUCCUUUGAGCGGUCCGUGUAUUUUGUUAUGUCGUGCAUCUGUCUCUGGCGCAGCCGAUCUGAUAUAAACAAAUACUGUUGCUGUAAAAUGGCGCCGCUGCGGCCCACAAUGCAUUGCACGAUCACGUGCAAGUAUCACAAGAUUUUAUCUUUGGCGCAUGAUCCAAGAUGGUGGCCUAAACAAACCUGGACGCUACACAAGCGGGCGAACGCAAUCCAAGGCAACAUUUGAACAAAAAUGCAAAACGCACUAAUGGCGGCAGACGUUAACCGAGGUACUGCUGUGCUAUGUAACGUAGCAAUAUGAGCAAUUAGCCAUCACCAAGCUUUCUCAAUUACACCAAUUAAUUUAAAAGGCCACUAGGUGGCAGCAUUGCUCUUCCCGUCUAUGUUAAAAUACCUGCAAUGGAUUGAUAGACUUUACAUUAUUUCGCAUUGGAACAAAAAAACUUCUCCUAAAAUGACAACAACUUGGAAGCCAACCAUGUUGGUCCUUGGGGGGACCACUUUGUUGUUUUUCUCCUGUGUGUAGGUGUUCUAAAUGAGAGACGAGCACCAUCAAUAAUUCAGAUUCCAAGAUCAUUGUUGUGAAUAAUUUAUUAAUAGAAGCAAUGCAUUUGUACUUAUAAAUUAAUAUUUAUACAAGUCAUUGUCAGGCAUACGUGUACAUUAAACAGUAACGUAAAAUAAUACAUUUCCCCAGAUUUUCUUCCAGCUCUCACACUGGAACAUUUCAUGUGCAUAAAUGCCCCUUCACUUCAUCCUCAAGUCAUCUUUUGCGAUGUAACAAAAUAGUGUAUUGCUUUAUUUUAGUCAGCUGUAACCCUGUCUUUUCACUGCAGUUGUGAGAGAAGAUUGGAGCAGUCCCUGUUGAUGUCCAAUUCUUCCACUAUUUCAAUCAGCCUCUCUACUUUAUCUGAGGGAAUAACGGCACCUGCAUUAUUCCUGAACUUCUUUCUCAGGCUCUCUAGGGUCAGUGGUUUGCGCCAGUGACCAUAAAAGGUGUCGCAGCGGCCCUUUAGGAUGUCCCCCCCGACAAGUUCUAUCUGGACUUCACCAUACAUCUGGUUGAAAUUGGCUGGGUUGUCAUGGGGGUGCUCCACACGGACCCGACUAAGCAGCUGAAGGAGCUCAGGACGCGCCAUGGCAGCAGGGGUGAAGGACUCCACGGUCACUUCACCAUCCAGGAGGGCACUACAAGCGUUGAACUGGAAGGAAUGCCGGGCCUGGUGGUCCGACUCUGGGAAAGGCCUGUUGAUGUAUUUUGAUAGGGGAACUCGGAGCAGGAUUUCCUGAAUCUGAGCUGGAGACACAGUGCCAGGACCUAAGCCCACAAGAUGCUUGUGGACUGAGGCUGCAGCAUCUGCCACCCAGUGCAUUCCAAGAUGUGCAGGGAAGCGCUUGAAAGCCAUAUCCUGCUCUUCUAGCAAGAACACAUGGCCAUCGUUGUCAUUAGGUGACUCCAAAUGCUGUGGCACGUAGUCUUUGUAGAAAGCAUUGAAACCAGCGACUCCUUCAACAGCGUCCAGGACUAGCUGACUUGCCUCAAGUCCCUGGGAAGCCAGUAUAGCAGCUUCCAACCCCAAACGGGAGGCAUUGCCGAUGUGGAUGGGUUUGGACUGAGUGGCAGCGUUAGCCAUUGGGGCUCCUGAUAGAGAAGCAGCAAUGGCUAAGGCAUGACUGCACUGGGAUGGACUCAGCAACAAGAGGCAAGCACAGGCUGCUGCACUUCCCAUGGUGCCCACGACGCUGGGAGGGUGAAACCUGCUGUUCGUGCUCACCGCCACUCCGUUGACAAAAGCCGCCAGUGUUGGCGAGAGCUUGGUGCCCUUGCGUCCGUAGACUGAGCUGACAUCAUGACUGGCGUACAUGAGCUGUGGAGGGAAAAGGUGGAGGCAGCUCACCUGGCAGUGCUGCAGUGCAAGUUCAAACACUUCUGUUGUGCUGCCAAGGAGGCCAACUCCAAUACUGUCCAGCACCAUCCUCUUACUGCGCUGAAGGACCACAGAGGACAAGUGCUGAGGCUUUACUUCACUGAUGAACUUUCCAAAACUGGCCGUGACUGUGUCCUCAGGGGUGUGGCACUUCAAGACUUGAUGGUGCAAGUGAUAUCAGCGUCGAACACAGAAGCCAUGACCACAAUAGAUGGCUUUCCAGCCAGUUUCUACAGCGAGCCAGGAGUUUUAGGAAUGUUAUCAAAUGGAAUCAGUGCGUUCCUCGUACUUCUACAGAACUUUGGUACCGCGCACACUCGAAUACCUCCACAGGGCGUGGAAAACAUACUUGCUGGCGUCCAUCUUAUCCUGAUUGGUGGUAUCUGCCAACUGGUGGCAGGCCUGCUUUCCUUCAGAAAAUACGACCAUCUCAGUGCCACUGCUUUUGUUGGAUAUGCUGCUCUUUGGGGGAGUUUUGGUGCCACCCGAAUCUACUUUGGUGCUUUGUCCAGGACAAUAACAACCAACGUGACAAUGUUGAAUUCAACCACAGAAAUCCCAGUCUGCUAUUUAUGUCUGUCCCUAAGGGAGUCUGCUAUUGCUGGCCUUGUUCCCUAUAUCCUAUUAUCAUUUCUCCUUGCCUUUUGUUCAGCCACAGUCAACUACAUCAUGCCUUUUGUUUUUGGUGCCAUAACAGCCACUUUAAUUUUUGAAGCAGCAGCUCUGGUGUCAGGUUCAUGGGCUCUUGUGGUAUCCGGGGUUCUUGAAUUGCUCAUCCUGAUGUUCGCCAUCUACGGUUCAGCGGCACUGCUCGUUAAAGGUCUGACUCAACGUCUCGCCCUCAAAGGCUUCGGGACUCCUCUCUUUAAUGUCCUUCUGCUUGGUACUGCCACUUCAGCCAAUAACCAGAGCCCUAGCACAGAGAAGAAGAAAAACACAAAGUACGCAGAACCCAUGGCCUUGGGUUAUUUCUGUGACACAGUCGCACCAUUCAUCUUUGCAUUUUACAGCUUCGGGUUCAUGACAUCUUUCGGUUUGGGAGUUGCUUGGGUGUCAAUCAAUUCAGCUGCCCAGCUCUUCUCCAGCUACUACUCCCAUCUACGCCAAGAUGGCUACCACACGACAAAGUUUGGUUUUCAUGCCACGUAUUGGCUCAUCAAGGCUUGGGAGGAGUUUGUAGCAUCUACUCUGAUUGUGGAGGACACCAGCAUCAUCUCAGGGAGGUACCCGAUGGUAGGAAACUGGUUCUUUGUGGUGGCAGCCCUGGUGCUUUGCUGUGGAAGCCUGAACAUGGAUACCCUGGAACUGGCCCAUAAUAUACUUUUCCUCCUCCUCACAAUCUCCACAAUCCCCCAGAUCCCUCUUAAUGACUAUUACAUAUUCUUUGGGGUCGCUUGUUCCAUCUUCACCGCAGCCUCCCUGUACGGGACCUUCACACGGCUAAUCAACACAAUUGCAGAGAAGGUGCUCAUCCCUGUUGGACCACAGCCCAUCUCUACUGCCCGGCUAAAGAGAGUUUUCAACUGGAGCAGGUCUAGGGAACCAAAACAAGAGUUAACUGCCCAAACAAACCAGGCUUCAGACUCCCUGUUUUACCUGUUAAAUGGAGUUGCAGCUCUGUCUGCUCUCCAUGCAAACGUAAACAGCACCAAUCCUUCAUUCCUCCAUCUGACUAUACCUUGGGUCCUCAUCUCUGGCGCAAUCAUCCAAGCUUAUGUCAGUCGACUUAAAGUCACUGGAGCAAGCCAGUUUGGCUCUGUCAUCUCGUCUAUCUAUGCAGCAUUAUGGGCAACGUGGACCUGGUUUAGAUUUGCAGGUCAGCAACUUCAACUUUCCAAUGGGGUUGCUUAUGAUUUCACAGCAGGAGCCAUUGCUUUCCUGGUUAUCAAUGCUUUCCUCAUUUUUAGUGCUGCAUACAGGAACUUGGUCUUGGUGUUCCUCACGGCAACCAUGGAGGUGAUACUUGUUUGUUUUCUACUUUCAACUCUUCAGCGACUGCCUUACCAACUAGAAAUGGCCAUGCUUGCAAUCUUUUCCAUCAUUUGUCUAUAUGGAGCUCUGGCAUCAUUGCUAAAUGGCAUCUUCUCCCAGAGACUACUACCAUUGGGUCCUCCUUUGUUAAAGGAGCAAGUGAAGCAGGAGAGUGAACCGGAGCUACCUUGCCCCUUGGCAAACUCCAGACUCACCUCUGGGCUUCUGAAAAUUGCCGGCAUACUGGAAAAUGGGGGUGUAUGUGGUAUUCCCACAGACACAGUGUACGCUUUGGCCGCAUCCUGCAAGAAUCCACAGGCUAUUGAGAAAAUCUAUAAUAUUAAGGACAGACCAGCAGAGAAGCCCAUUUGUAUUUGCAUCUCUAGUGUGACACAGCUGGUGGAAGCCAAACCUCCCUUCAGUCCUCUACUCUGGGAGUUCAUGCGGAAUGUGUAUCCUGGAGGUAUUAGCUGCAUCGUCAGCAAAGGCGAUUGGCUCUUCAGAUUGGGGGUGGGACCAGCUUACGACAGAGUGGGCACCCGGGACAGCAUCAUGAUCCGAGUCCCCGACCACACUGUGACCCGCCACCUGUGUGAUAUCACCGGACCCCUCGCUAUUACCUCAGCCAACCCCAGCGGAGAAGCAGACAGCACCCACCACAGCAUGGUCAUCGACCGACUGGGCCACAAGAUUCAAGGUGUGCUGUGUGACGGGGAGACGAAUGAAGUCGUCGCGUCAACUGUGGUCAACUGCCUCAAUAUUGAUGAAGGCACCAUCUCGAUUCUCAGGGAAGGAUGUGUCCCUGCAGUUAAAGUCAGAGAGAUUUUCGACAGAGUGAAAAGUACAAUGGCCUGAUUGUUAGCUACCCACUUCAUCUUCUUCGUAGAGAAUGUUCUUCUAUUUGUCUAUCUCAGGGUUGAACAACGUGAUUGUCUUGUAUUUAAAGAAAACCAGCAGCGUGCUAUUCAGGUACAGUGUAUGGGUUGCUCAGAAAAUGUUACGGAAACAAUUAACCUCAGAAAAGAUUGCAUAUAUUUUUACUUAUGGCAGUUGUACGCUUUGUUAGGAGUAUCAUUGUGAUUGUAAGUUUAAUGUAAAUAGUUUGUUUUUCUAGAUCAACUGAAAUCACACUCCUCCGAACA